AGCUAUGGAUCUCGCUGGAGGAGCACCAAGAUGCGUUAGAGCUUAUCAUGAGCAAGUACAGAAAGCAGAUGUUACAGCUUUUGCAGGGGAGAAAAGGUGAAGAUGCUUCGCUCUUGAAAGUUCAUCAGGCUAAUUCUUUGGAAAUUGAAAGUCAAAUAGACAGAAUAUGUGAGAUGGGAGAGGUGAUGAGAAAAGCUAUUCAAGUCGAUGAUGAUCAGUUCUUUAAAGUUCAGGAGAAACUAGCUCAGUUGGAGCUUGAGAACAAAGAGCUGCGUGAACUAUUGUCAAUCAGCAAAGAAUCUUUUGAGGUGGGGAAAGAAGAUCUGCCUGACUGUGAAGCUUAG